AUGACCUCAAAUAUUAACAUCUUAUUUGAUAAACCGAAGCUUACUUUAACAGCCUUGGAGACAGUAGAACAAUACGAUUUUGACAUUAUUGCGGAUAAGGUCUCAGAGUAGCUGAAAUAUGUGUCGCAAAGAUUAAUUGAAGGCUAAUAGGAAACUGAUCUUCCAUACGAUAAAGAGAAUAUUAUUCUACCAAGAUAGCAGACAUAUAUUUAAAAAGUAAAGGAUAGUAAAUUUGCUAAAAAGAAAAAAAAUCGAAUGGUUUGGGAUGAAAAUAAAAAGGAUUGGGCCUUGAGAAAAUUAAAAAAGAGAGAUUCAAUUAUUCCUCCUAUCAUUGAGGCUACCAAGUCAGAUGCAUAUGAAGAUGUCUUUAGGAAAAAGGAAAUUGAGCAUGAACUUAAGAAAUCUAAGAAACAAUUAAGAUCGGUGUAGAAAGAUAAAUAGAAAUAGAAGAAACUAUAGUCCAUAAAGAAGUAACUCUGA